CAAACACGCCCCGCUGCCCGCCGCGCCACCGGCUGGCUCCGACCGCGCGCUGCUGGCGAUCCCCCAGGCAACUCGGCGUCACGAGAACCAGCACCCCGGAGACCCGGCGCCCUGCCCUCCCUCCGCGUCCCCUGGGCCCCGGCCAGGCUCAACAACCUCUCCCUUCCCGGUGUGCCGCGGCCCCUCCGGGCCUCCCGUGCGUGCUAACUAGGCCCGGCUGGGCGCCCCCGGACCGCGCAGACCACCUCCCGCGGAGCCCGCAGCCCCAGGGGAAGGCGGCCGGAAAAAUCUCCUCUUGUUUACUGGGCCGGGGACGUCCCAGACUGGAUUCGCUUCUCCAGUUCUGCGGUUCCCUUUCUGCUGAUUCCUGGGGCCGGAGGGGAAAGAGUGGCAACGGCUGAUCCACCCCCGGGCAGGGAGUGGGGGUGGGGCGCGGAGUGGGGCGGAGGGCACCCGAACUCGUGGAAAAGUCCGCGGGCGGCGGGAGGGCUGGACUCGGGAGUCAGGGCCGAUGGCGUCCCGCAGCGCAGGGUCCGCGGGGGCCGGGUUAAACACUGUACCCCCGGGAACAUGACCGUGAAGGCUAAUUAGGACAAGUCGGAACAGGGAACGGGGACGCGGGGAGGGGAGCGCGCUCUCAAGAGCUGGACCGUGUCUGGGGCGGUCGCAGGAAAUCCAGGCGCGGGGGAGUCAGGCCCAGGGCGACGUUUGUUCACGGUCCCGAGUGGAUCCGGGCCCGGCCCACGGCGCUGGGGGCGCUCGCGUUGCCCCCCCCCCAUGCACGUUUGGUGACCCAGGUGCCCAGGAAAGGCUGCGCGUGUUAGAGGCGGACAGUCGGUGUGUGGUGUGUCCACGUGUGCAAGCUCGGGGAGCGGAGGGGGCGCAGAAGGCGUGACAAAGACGGACUGUGUCUGAGUGUGCGCCUCUCUCUAGCCCAGAGCAGCGAACUGUGUCCGGCGUGGGUCCCUCACGGGAGAGCCAGGACGAAGGUGACGAAAGCUAGGUGAGACACACUAAGGUGGCCCCCGCGCGUGUUCGUGUGUGCGCGCUGGGACAUGCGGCGCGGGGGAGCCCGCCGGCGACGCGUGCUGGGGCUGCACCCCAAACCGCUUUUCCGGAGGGAAAGCCAAAUUCUGAAAGUGAGUGCGCGUGAGUGCGCGCGCCCGCUUGCGGGGGCGUGGCAGUAAACAGCAACAACACUCAGGCCAGCUCCGCCAGAAACUCCGAGCUCCCUCCCCGGCCGGAAAGUGCGCCUUGCCCGAGCCUGGAGGGAUCGUCCCGCUGGUGUUGAGAGCAGGGGUUCCGUUUUCUUUGCUGCUGAUCUGCUGAACUUGGGACCCAGCUGGAGCCUGGCCUAGGAGCCAGGAUGGCCAUCCCCAAAGCCUUGCUGACGUGCCUGGGGCUGCCUCUCUUCCUUUUCGCCGGGGCCCAGGCCCAGAACCACGUGCCGCCUGGCUGUAGCCCGGACCUCAACCCCCUCUACUACAACCUAUGUGACCGUUCUGGGGCUUGGGGUAUCAUCUUGGAGGCAGUGGCUGGGGCGGGAGUUGUCACCACUUUUGUCCUCACCAUCAUCCUCGUGGCCAGCCUGCCCUUCGUGCAGGACACCAAGAAGCGGAGCCUCCUGGGGACCCAGGUGUUCUUCCUGCUGGGGACCCUGGGCCUCUUCUGCCUUGUCUUUGCCUGCGUCGUGAAGCCUGACUUCUCCACCUGUGCCUCCCGGCGCUUCCUCUUCGGAGUCCUGUUCGCCAUCUGCUUCUCAUGCCUGGUGGCACACGUCUUCGCCCUCAACUUUCUGGCCCGGAAGAACCACGGGCCGCGGGGCUGGGUGGUCUUCACUGUGGCUCUGCUGCUGACCCUCGUGGAGGUGGUCAUCAACACCGAGUGGCUGAUCAUUACGCUGGUCCGGGGCGGUGGCCACGGUGGCCCGCCGGGCAAUGGCAGCGCCAGCGCCGCCUGGGCCGCGGCCUCCCCCUGCGCCAUCGCCAACAUGGACUUCGUCAUGGCGCUCAUCUACGUCAUGCUGCUGCUGCUGUGCGCCUUCUUGGGGGCCUGGCCGGCCCUGUGUGGCCGCUUCAAGCGCUGGCGGAAGCACGGGGCCUUCGUGCUGCUCACCACGGCCACCUCCGUCGCCAUAUGGGUGGUGUGGAUUGUCAUGUACACGUACGGCAACAGGCAGCGCAACAGCCCCACCUGGGAUGACCCCACGCUGGCCAUCGCGCUCGCCGCCAACGCCUGGGCCUUUGUCCUCUUCUAUGUCAUCCCGGAGGUCUCCCAGGUGACCAAGGCCAGCCCAGAGCAGAGCUACCAGGGGGACAUGUACCCCACCCGCGGCGUCGGCUACGAGACCAUCCUGAAGGAGCAGAAGGGCCAGAGCAUGUUUGUGGAGAACAAGGCGUUUUCCAUGGGGGAGCCAGCCGCAGCUAAGAGACCGGUGUCACCAUACAGUGGGUACAAUGGGCAGCUGCUGACCAGUGUGUACCAGCCCACCGAGAUGGCCCUGAUGCACAAAGGCCCGUCCGAAGGAGCUUACGACGUCAUCCUCCCACGAGCCACCGCCAACAGCCAGGUGAUGGGCAGUGCCAACUCCACCCUGAGGGCCGAGGACAUGUAUGCGGCCCAGAGCCACCAGGCAGCCACACCGCCGAGAGACGGCAAGAACUCCCAGGCUCAGUCCCCGCAAAAUAAAACAAGAUGGUAGAAGCCCUCUUCCCCGAACCGCACGUCGUCCUGAUGUCCUCGUACCUCACUCUGGGCUGGGCAGGGCCCAGCACCUUUCCCACCCUUGUCAUUGGAGCUGGGAGGGACCGGAGGCCACCAACCUGAAGCAGAGGACUGAGUGGGGGUCUGUGAAGCCCUGAGAUGUGUGGCUGGGGGCCUAGGGCCAUUGCCUUUGCUGCCCAGCCCGGCCUCUCCUGACCCCCCGUGACUGAGGCCACAAGCAUCUACAGAACGGCCCUGCCUGCCUCCGUCCCCCCUGGACGCCCUUCCCCCAGUCACAGCCCGAGUGUCCCCAUGCUGUGGUUCUCCAGAUGGCCAUCCUCAGACGCCCUGUCUUCACACCAUGGGCCUUCCUGGCUGUCUUGGUGUCCAGCAUCAGCUUGUCCCGCCUGUGCCUGGGUGUUUGGAGCCAAGCCCUGGCGGAAGUGGGCUUUCUCAACAGGGCUUCCUGCCACCACCUGGACCGUGGAAGGCCCCUGAGCUGGGACAGAGCUCAGCCCGAGGCCUGGGCAGACAUCGCUCCUCUUCGUGGCCUGUGGGUGCUGGAUCUGAGCCCCUUUGGUGUUUCCCUCACAUGCCCCCUUGCACCACGGCCCCAUGCCUUCCUCACCUGCAAUGAACUGGGGCCCAUCGAGACACAAGGUGGGGGCUGGGGCUGCAUCCUCAGGGGCCAGCUGAGAGUCCUGGGUCAUAUGGACUGGGGUCUCAGCUGCUCACAGAACUGGGACUCGUGCCAUGUCCUGCUGGGCCAAUGUACGCAUUUCUGCCUCACCCUGGGGGCACCCCAAAUGUGCUGGCACUGUUCUCUCCCAUGACAUGCUCCAGAGGGUCCUGAUGACCACCCAGGGAAGUGGGGGACAUCCUUCAGGACCUGAUGAUGGUGGCAGCAAGGAUGGAGAUGUGCACAGCACCAGACUCACGGGAACGAGAUCUCUGUAGCAUCGUCUCCUGGUUUUGUCCUGCACUCGGGUACCAGGCAGAGCUGGCUGGUCCCAGGGGGCCUCCCCAGGCGUGCCCUUGGAGCUCCAUGCUCAGGGCAGAGUCAACUCUGGGUACCCAGGGUAGGGGGAGAGAGCAAGAGCAGGGCCACACCUCACCCUGUGGUCAGCCCACAGCUCUCCAGCACCACCCUUCUGCCCCCAGCAGCCUGUGCCUUUGUUACUGGAAUAUUUUUCCAGAGCUAAAUUGGGCUAACAGGCCUCGCAGAGAGAGUAGGGCCAUACAGCUGCCUGUGACAGUCCC